GCGGGGUUUGGAUCAUUUAGCGGGGCGCUGUCCCUCACCUCGUCUAGUCACAGAGACGGGGUCGGCUCCAUCGUCCCCGAUUGCUCGUGUGCCGAUCAGCGUGUGCAAUUUAUCUCGCUUGUCUUCACGCGACUCGCUUUCAGAGAUCAGGAGCCAGCGGCGAGCGAAUUUCCCUAGUCUCGGUGCCCGGCGCCUUUCAGAGAAGCUUUCUUCGGGCCCAAGCUGGAAUCCGAUCGUCGGCUCGGCUCCCACGUCACGGCGUGCAAAUCAAGCGGCAGUUCCUUGCUAUUGGACGCAGCUUCCUUCACCUGCGCUCUGGAGACAGGCCAGCUUUGACGGGCAGAAAUUGGGGCAGCGAAGGGCCGCAGGCAGGGCCGGGGAGACGGCUAGGCUGGUUUGGGUGGGGCUCGGAUCUCAUCCGGCGGCAGCUACUACUUGUUGUCAUGCGAUUGCCUGUUUAGGCUGUGUCUGUGCGCUGGAUCAGCUGUGUAGGGCUCAUGAGAAGCUUUUGAGGAAAGACUACUUGUCGCCCUCGGUUGCCCGGAGCCGUAGCUCGCGGAGCCCCGCGUCGGAGGAGGAAGCAAGAAGGCCGAGCGACAGGCAACAUCUCGGGAACUUGUUUUUUCUGGUUCUGGUCGCCUGUUCAAGCCCGGAAGGUCUGACGCGCACAAGGCUGCACGGGCUGGUGCCGGGGGGUUUCUUGUUUACGUUGUUUUGUAUUUGGUCGUUGUGCAGUUGCAUCGAGAGUUGCUUCUUCUGCUGCUUCUGCUGCUGCUGCUGGCGGACGAGCCGUCCCUUAUCGCCGACAUGAGGAAGACAGGGUCAGCGAUUGCUCCUAGACAUUCGUUAUCGUCGGCUUGAAUUGAUGUACAUGAGGCCUGGACUACUUGUGUUCGUGUUCGUGACUCGAGGCAUCCAUCGCUUGCGUUCGUUCUCGUGGACCGAUCAGUUUGUGACCAUAUUUCGGGUCGGUGUCGUGUCACUUGGGACAGAGCAUCUCUUGUAGACGAGUUUGGUUCGUGCCUGUUUUGAACCUUCAGCGCUGAGAUUUUUUGGUUCGGAGGCCACUCGAUUUGUCGAAAGUUUGGCGACAUGACGACCUCACUUCUCAAGAACAGAGAGUUAGAUACUUUUGACAAAGGGGGAUGGUUGUCGGAGGAAGAGUCGACUCAGCCUUCCUCACCUCUGAGUAGAAACGGCGACGCUUUACGAGUGAUGGUGGUGGUCAAAUUGAACUCCAGCAAGGAUCUCACAAUGGAUGCUCUUGAAUGGGCUUUGAUCAACGUCGUUCAGCCUGGAGACAACGUUACGCUUCUUGGAGUCAUUCCUGAUGGUGACACUUUAUGCGGGGUCAACUUGAAGGUCUUGUUGCAAGUUUGGUUGACUCGUCUCUCCACAUGUUGGCAGGGUGAUGAAGAGUAUCAAGAGCAUCAUCAGCUCCUAGAGGACGAAAUCACGAGAAAAAAGGCCAUGUUCCAGAGCUUGAACGUGCUUCAACAUUUCUACAGAAUAUGCGAGAAAAAAGGAGUUAAUCUUGACGUCAAAAUAGCAGCAGGAGCGACCAAGCAUGUCGUAACACAGCAAGCGGAGUCUUUGCAAGCGACUUGGGUCGUCCUUGACAAGGCUUUCCGGAGAAAUCGUGGUUACUUCGAACAUCACCUGCUCUGUAAUAUGGUGUUGAUGAAGCGGAGCAACGUUGGUGACAUCGUUCGUGUGUAUUAUCAUUACUGAUCUUGCAAAGGAAAAAGGAGCGAAAUCAAAUCGAAUUUUUUUCUACACAGGCCUUUUGGUGUUUUCGGCCCUGCCACCACAGUAUUUGUCUAUAAUUUUUCGGGUCAACGGAGAACAGCAGUCUACGAAACACGAUUCAUUUUUACGAGGCACAUGGUUAGUUCGUAGACCACCUCUUCGGUCUUGAAACCAUCGAAAUAGGUCCUGGGUUUUUUAGCAGUAGGUUAGUGACAGAGACUGAUGGAGCUUUUUGUGGAGUAGAUUAUAGUAUCGAAGUUCCGUCAGCUGAACGUCUAAAGGCUGGAGAGCUGCGCAGCUUUGAAGUGAUUGUGGUGAUUAGAUUUCACUGGGUCUCGAGGUUUAGAUUGUAACUGUAGUAGCUAGUUGUCUAGACUCUCGAAGAAAACUGCAGAUUUAGAGAUAGGUGAUACACCUGUCAACGACUCAGCAAGACGACUAUCAACGAUAGAGUUCCGCAUUUGUUUGACAAGAACUGGGCGCAAUAUGACGAGGGUUAUAUUGAACUAUCAGAAUCAUGCGUUGACUGGUCCCUGUUCGUAACGGUGCAGUCACCUGUUCGAAUGACGUCGGUGAUGAACAUCAUGUGCAACCACUGGUAAGUUUCCGCUGCGUCGAGUGUGAAGAAGGUACGGUUAGAAGUUUAAUGGUUGCGUCAAUAGUUAGUACAGUACUGAAUCGGAUGGGGCUCUGGAAAAUGAACAGGAUCCCUUGAUGUGAUAACAGGUUUUUUCAUCUAGAGGUCUUUUGUGUAAGGCGGACUGGGGACUUAGGGUAGAGCUACUGGACACUACUGAUAGAGAUCAUCUUGCAGAUGGCGAUGAUUAUUUGUUAUGGUGGCUAUUUGAGACCAUGACAUCCCAGUGGUUCCAAAUUGUGCAGUCCAUUACCUACAGCAUUGGUCUUUCUCUUGUACAUUACUUCAGUCCCUAUAAUACGCGAAUAUCAUUCUCGUAAUGCUUAGCAGCAGCUUCUGUUCAUGUGUAUUAACUUACGUGUAGUCACGGUCACAACUGUGUCGAGUUGUGUACUUUACACGAUUGGUCAUACCGCUGUACCACAUGAAUGGUUGCGCUAGUAACUUCAGAAAGAGAGAAGCGAUUCUAAGUC